CUUGUAGAUGGGAGAAGGCGUUAGUGGUUAGCGCGGCGCGUUUCGGAGUUCAGUUCCGGCACCGUCCUGUAAGGAGUCUCUUUACGUCCUCCCCGUGGAAAGCGGGUCCGCUCGGUUCUCUCCCACAGUCCAAAGAUGUUCCGGAUUUUAGGUCACAUCACGGACAUGAAUGUUCAUGAUUAAAACACAGAUGCCUGCUUCAUGAUACUCAUCAGUGCACCAAAGGGAAGAUGACCGAAUACAAGCUGGUGGUAGUGGGAGCUGGUGGCGUGGGGAAAAGUGCUCUGACAAUCCAGCUGAUACAGAACCACUUUGUAGAUGAAUAUGAUCCAACGAUCGAGGAUUCCUACAGGAAACAAGUGGUCAUUGAUGGAGAAACAUGUUUACUAGAUAUCCUGGACACUGCAGGUCAAGAGGAAUACAGUGCUAUGAGAGAUCAGUACAUGCGAACAGGGGAAGGUUUCCUCUGUGUUUUUGCUAUCAAUAACAUCAAAUCUUUCGAGGAUGUCCACCUGUACAGGGAACAGAUUAAUCGUGUUAAAGACUCUGAUGACGUUCCCAUGGUACUGGUUGGAAACAAGUGUGACCUUCCAUCACGCACUGUGGACACAAAGCAAGCCCAGCAAUUGGCAAAGAGUUAUGGAAUCCCAUUCGUAGAAACAUCAGCCAAAACAAGACAGGGUGUGGAAGAUGCAUUCUAUACAUUAGUGCGUGAAAUUCGUAAAUACAAGGAGAAGAUCAGCAAAAAUGGUAAAAGGAAGAAAAAGCCUUCAAAGAAGAAGUGCAUAAUUCUUUAAAGUAACUUGGACCUUGAUCUUAAUUUGCAAGUGUUGCAUAUCAGAAGGGAGCAAAUUGAAACUAACCGUCUUUAACUAACACCACUGUCCAACCCUACCUGAACCUUGCUCUCUCCACUAACUGAACACCCAGAGGAAAUGAGAUUAUCGGAUGAUACAGUAAAAGCUGUGGUUUCCAAGUACAGAUCAUGCAGCUUUUGAAAUGCUACUGCAGCAUUUUUAAGUUCACCACUGCUGUUAUUAGUGGGGAUGCCAGAAAUCAGUGUCUGUGAAAAGAUCGUAAGUUUAAAUUCCAAAGCUGUUGCAAUGCUGAACACUUGUACUGAAAAGUUUCCUUUUUUACAAAUGCAGAUUUUAAACUGUCAAUACAAUUGUGUGAUACUGUAAGCCUUCCGGUAACUUAGCCAGUAGUGAUCCUGCUGAUUAACGAAGAGGAGGCUGAGAGAGCCAUGUCAAUUUUGUUUAGUUGCAGUGAAUAUUUCUUGUCACUGGUGCCUGGGUUAAGACCUCAGACAGAACGAUACACAUCCUUUCUCUUGCUAUUCAAUAAUGCCAUUAAACAUUUGAACACUUCCCCGUGAAAUGCUUUAUAUGCAGGAUCUAUGUGCAUGAUGCUAUCUGCAUUGACUAAGAUAUGAAGAUUUCAAGAAAAUGAAGAAUGCUGUUGUUAAUGGUAUAAUCUGGAUAUAAAGAACUUAGAAAAGAGUUAACAGAAGUAAAUGCAAACUGGUUACAGAUGUGAAAUUGCAGCUCCAAUUGUCAGUAUCAUAGUUUACAUUUUAAUUCCACUGGAAGAUAGCCAGGAACUGCUGUUGAAUUGGAUCUGAACUUGGACUAUUUCAUUGCAAUGAAGUUUAGAAUACACAGGAAUUAAUAACUGUACUCAGUGCUGUUAAUAGUAGCUGUCAUAGUCUGUGGCCUGAAUUAUUCAUUUCUUCCAAACAUGGAAAACAAACUAUAGUGAAAGAUUGUAAUUGCAGUCCUCAAAUAGAAAUGCCUAUCCACCUUCAACUGACUGGAGAACUGCCAAUUAUUAUGUUUCACUCCCUGCUUCACAGUUCCACAGAAAAAUAAUGGAAGGCUUGAGAUCAACUUAAGUAAAAAUCAUUCAGGAUAAAAGCAUUCUACAAAUAGUCCAAGAAUAUAUAAUCUUUACAAAUGUUGUAUCGAAAGAGUGAUAUGCCAUAUGAGUAAUGAUUUUGUGAAGAGUCGUAGCCCAAGUUUUUGGCCUCAGAAUUUGGAGUUUGUAAAAUAAUGUAAAUGCUGGAGAGGGGGGAUCAUUAUUCAGUUAGCUUGCUGAACCUAAGUAUUUUUGUUUUUGAUUUCAAAGAAGUUUAAUUCUGUGCAAACAGUUAUUGUUGCCCAAUGGGUUCCAGUGUCAAUUGGCACACUUCAUCACAUCUGUUGUGAAAGGUGUCAUGUUUGGAGGACCACUAGUGUCCUCUUUGUGUGAUGAAUAAGUACCACAACUCUGUGGCAAUCUCCUCCACAACUUGUAUAAUUUAGUAUGUACAAAGUUACUGGAUGUUUCAAUAAUAUGAGUUUGUUUCUCAACUGAUUUACUGAUUAAUGUAAUACAAAGAUGACGUGUUGCCAUUUAGUCAACAGCCUGGUGCCAGUUCCAGAAUCUUUUCCAUUAACUUGCCUCUUGUCUUUAUGCGACUUUUACUUUCAGACAAAAACUAAUUUACAGCUUAACUUAAACUUACUAUAUGUGUGACUGAUUAUGGCUCAUUUCUUGUUAUUUGGACAGCAUUAAACCCAUUGUCCAAGAUAAAAAUAUUUAAAGAUGAACCAUAUUUGCAAAUCAAUCACUAACAAAAUAUCUUGCAAUACUUUAUUGACCAAGUUUAAAAAGGUUUGGACAAUCUAUUCACAUUUGAUUAUACUUAACAUGUUAAAUCUAUUUUGCAAAUCCUAUUUUGCAGUUCUACAAAUAGAUUAUAAAAAUGAAUAGACUGAAUGACUUGUUAUUCCCUUCAAAUGGUGAAAAUGUCCAUUGUUAGUUUAUAUUUCAAUAACCCACUGCGACAGGUGGUCAACAGUGUAAACUGUUUUCACGUAUUAUAAUAGAUUCCCUGCUUUACUGAGAACAAUCUUGCUCUUUAUCAUAUUUGAAACAGUUCCCAGCUAAUUAAUUCUGAAUUGAUUAUUCUCACAGUACUUUGUUGCCAAUUUACCCAACAACUGAUGUAUCUGCUUCUGUAAUGGAAUUUGCAGACAUGGUAAAACUGUUCAUCCUUUUAAUGUCACAGAUAACUUCUAUCUUUCUGAAUUGCUUUAACAGGGCCGCUGUUUAUAAAUUAAUUUAAAAGAUGGUACAUCUGAAAGCAGUGCUGCUGUGGGCCUUCAACUCAUAAACAUCUGAUGAGCUGAGAGUUGAAAUUGGCAUUUUCUGAAGUAGAUCAUUUCACUGUUCAAUUAAUUGUUACAGUAUACUUUAAAUAAAACUGCAAUCUGUAAUUCUUGUUCUUGUCAAAAUUAAACUGAGUUCAAGGUAUUCUGCUUUCAUUUCCCAAUAAACAGAUUCAGUUUUGAUAUUCUUUACAA